CCCGGGGCCGCCCCGGAGCCGGGCCCGCCGGAGGACCGAGCCGUUGCCACGAUGGAGCAGCUGUCAGAUGAAGAAAUUGACCAUGGCGCUGAAGAAGACAGUGACAAGGAAGAUCAGGACCUGGACAAAAUGUUUGGAGCCUGGCUGGGGGAGCUAGACAAACUCACUCAGAGUUUGGAUUCUGACAAGCCCACGGAACCAAUAAAAAGGUCUCCUCUUCGCCAGGAAACAAACAUGGCCAAUUUUUCUUAUCGCUUCUCCAUAUACAACUUGAAUGAAGCUCUGAAUCAGGGAGAAACUGUGGAUCUGGAUGCCCUAAUGGCCGAUCUUUGCUCAAUAGAGCAGGAGCUCAGCAGUAUUGGUGCAGGAAAUAGUAAGCGUCAAAUCACAGAAACAAAAGCCACUCAGAAGUUACCUGCCAGCCGACAUACAUCAAAACAUGGCACCUUGAAAGGAUUGUCUUCUUCGUCUAAUAGGAUAACUAAACCCUCUCCUGCCAACUACUCUCUGGAUGACAUCACUGCACAGUUAGAACAGGCCUCCUUGAGCAUGGAUGAGGCUGCUCAGCAGUCUGUGCUGGAAGACGCUAAGCCCUCAGUAACUAAUCAGCACAGGAGAACAGCGUCGGCGGGCACAGUGAGUGAUGCCGAAGCGCGCUCUGUUAGCAACUCCUCUCGUUCGAGCAUCGCUUCUGCAGCCUCUAGCAUGGACUCUUUGGAUAUUGAUAAAGUAACACGCCCUCAAGAACUGGAUUUGACGCAUCAGGGGCAGCCAAUUACUGAGGAAGAACAGGCAGCAAAAUUGAAAGCUGAGAAGAUCAGAGUUGCCCUAGAGAAAAUUAAAGAGGCACAAGUGAAGAAGCUGGUGAUUAGAGUCCACAUGUCUGACGAUAGUUCUAAAACAAUGAUGGUGGAUGAGAGGCAGACGGUGAGACAAGUGCUGGAUAACCUGAUGGACAAAUCUCACUGCGGUUAUAGUUUAGACUGGUCUCUGGUGGAAACCAUCUCUGAGUUACAAUGGGUUAAGAGAAUCUUUGAAGACCAUGAAAACUUGGUUGAAAAUCUUCAAUGGACAAGAGAUAGCCAAAACAAGCUUAUAUUUAUGGAGCGUAUAGAAAAAUAUGCACUUUUCAAAAACCCACAGAAUUAUCUUCUGGGAAAAAAGGAAACAGCUGAGAUGGCAGAUAGAAACAAAGAAGUGCUGUUGGAGGAGUGUUUUUGUGGAAGUUCUGUAACUGUACCAGAAAUUGAGGGAGUCCUUUGGUUGAAAGAUGAUGGCAAGAAGUCCUGGAAAAAGCGUUAUUUUCUCUUGCGAGCAUCUGGUAUCUACUAUGUCCCUAAAGGAAAAGCAAAGGUGUCUCGGGAUCUGGUGUGCUUUCUCCAGCUGGAUCACGUCAGUUACUAUGGACAGGAUUAUCGGAAUAAAUACAACGCACCUACAGACUACUGUCUUGGAUUUUUGCCUUUAAUCUUGCAGCACCCACAGAUCCAGAAGAAAUCUCAGUACAUCAAAUACCUUUGUUGUGAUGACGUGAGGACCCUGCACCAGUGGGUCAAUGGUAUCCGCAUCGCAAAGUACGGGAAGCAGCUCUACAUGAACUAUCAAGAGGCCUUGAGGACAGAAUCGGCUUAUGAUUGGACUUCCUUAUCCAGCUCCAGCAUUAAAUCAGGAUCCAGUUCUUCCAGCAUCCCAGAGUCUCAGUCCAAUCACUCCAAUCAGUCUGAUAGUGGAGUGUCUGAUACCCAGCCGGCAGGACACGUCCGUUCCCAGAGCAUCGUGAGCUCCAUCUUCUCCGAGGCCUGGAAGCGAGGCACGCAGCUGGAAGAGUCUAGCAAGGCCAGAAUGGAGUCUGUGAAUCGAGCCUACACUUCUCUCAUGCCCCCUUUGUCCCCGCAGCCUAAGCCGCUCACCCCCUGCUCUGCCUCACAGCCCUCGCCGCCCCUGCCGCCGCCGCCCCCGCCCCCGCCCCCGCCCCCGCCGCCGCCGCCACCCCCGCCGCCGCCCCCACCCCCGCCCCUGCCCAGCCAGUCGGCCCCUUCUGCGGGCUCGGCAGCCGCGAUGUUUGUCAAGUACAGCACGAUAACCAGGCUGCAGAACGCCUCUCAGCAUGCGGGAGCCCUGUUUAAGCCUCCCCCGCCAGCAGGGAUGCAGCCUCCCUCCUCGACCUCACAGGCAGGGAAGCCUCAGAUCCUGGUGCCGCCCGGCGGAGCCGUUCCCCCGCCGCCGCCCCCGCCGCCUCCCCCCACCCCCGGCUCGGCUAUGGCGCAGCUGAAGCCCGCCCCCUGCGCCCAGGCCCUGCCGCAGUUCAGCCCCCCCCCCCCCCCCCCCCCCCCCCCCCCCCCCCCGCUGAAGAUUCAUCACGUGCAGCACGGCGCUCCAGCAGCGCCUCCGGCGCCGCCCCCACCUCUUCCCAUCCCUGCACCCCUCCCUCCCCAGGCCCCCCCCAAACCCCCUGUGACCGUGCCGCCCGGGCCACAGGCUCUGUCACCUACACCUACUCCUCCCGUCCCCCCAGUGAAAAAGCAGCCGGCGCUUCCUGUGUCUCACGUUUCCACCCUCUCCCCCUGCUCCUCCUGGCCCGGUCCCCCGCCCACGCUACCCAAGCAGCAGAGCUUCUGUGUGAGGCCCCCUCCCUCUCCGCUGUCUCCGGCGCCCUCCGUGGUGAAGCAGAUGGCCAGCCAGUCCCCCCCGCCUCCAGCCGUCCCCCCCCCCGCGGAGGCGGCGCCCUUGAAGCCCGCCUCAGCCGCAGCAAACGUCGCCCCUCAGUCCCCGCCUGCUGUGAAAGCAAAGCCCAAGUGGCAGCCCGGCUCUACCCCUGUCCCUCCUCCGGACUUCCCUCCUCCUCCCCCCGAGAGCAGCCUGGUGUUUCCUCCACCUCCGCCUCCGCCUCCACCUCCGCCUCCGCCAGCCGCACCCACUGCUGCUCCUGCCCCUGCCCCUACAAAAAGCGGAUCUCCGGGCAAAAAGACCGGUAAGACGUCCAGUCCGGGGGUAAAGAAACCUCCCCCGACCCCGCAGCGCAAUUCCAGCAUUAAGUCCGGCAGCUGUGCAGAGCACCCUGAGCCCAAGAGACCCUCAGUAGACAGUCUUAGUCAGCAAGUUCAGCCGCCGGAACCUUCGGCGUCUCCCGGCAAGGAAACGCCGCCACCUCCCGCAGCGCCCCCCAAACCUGGAAAACUCAGUCUCCCGGAGGUUCUCCAGCAAGGGGGCGUGUCGGCAAAAGCAUCUGUUCUGAGUGGGCGCGGCAAGGACUCCGUGGUAGAAUUCCCUUCUCCUCCGUCCGAUUCUGACUUUCCACCCCCUCCGCCGGAAAUAGAGCUUCCUCUGCCCCCCGUAGACAUUCCAGCAGUGUUCUCGGGAAGCACGUCUCCAAAAGUGGCAGUGGUUAAUCCGCAGCCACAGUCGUGGGCCAAGACGUCGGUCAGGACGGCCCCUCCGCCCACGCGGCCCAGACGGAACGACAGCACCCGCCUCACGCAAGCCGACUCCGAGCAGCCGCCAAUGGCCACAGUCGUGCCACAAGUGCCCACCUCUCCUAAGUCCAGCCUUACUGUCCAGCCUGGAUUCCUGGCUGACCUCAACAGGACACUGCAGCGGAAGUCCAUCACGCGGCAUGGCUCGCUCUCCUCCUCGCGCGUGUCCAGAGCGGAACCCACGGCCACCAUGGAUGAUACAUUGCCCCCGCCACCCCCGGAGCUGCUCUCUGAGCAACAGAAAGCCCGGUAUGGAGGCAGUCAUAUAUCAGGCUAUGCAACGUUGCGGAGAGGGCCGCCUCCCGCUCCCCCCAAAAGAGACCAGAACACCAAGCUCUCAAGAGAUUGGUAGCUACCGUAGGACUUUAUUUCCGUGGGAUCUGUAAUCCGUUCUACAGUCCGCUCACCUGAUCAUCUACGAAUUCAGGCGUUCAGAGCCUCUGGGUAUGAUGUUGCUGUUGUUAUUCAGGUAGUGUUCAGCUAUAUGUGUGUGUACGUGUGCAGGUACACACAUAGCUAUACAUAGGUAGUGUGUGGUAUGUAUAUAUAUGUAUACAUAUAUGUAUAUGUAUAUAUAUAGCUGAAGUGAUUCUAUUUAUUCUUUUUCUCUCCUAAUCUGAAAAUGGGCUUUGUGUAUUUUGGGUGGCAGCGGCAUGGAAGGGAUGUGUGUCCUGCCUGUCCCUUAUGAUUUCUAUUAUCUAUCAUGUGGAUUGGACCAAAAACUUCUGACUUAAUUAGAAGGUAUUUUAUAAAUGUCCACGCACGGCCUAUCUGUGCAUGUUGUAUAUUAUAUAUUAAGGAUAGACGUAUAAUGUGCUGCUUCUCAGUUUGAGAAGACAACCAGAAUGUUUGGUGUAUCUAUGGGGCUUUUGUGUUUGGUUUUUCCCCAGUUGGCUGAAGUUAGUUAGAACUGCUUGACUGACAUUUUCAUUACUAUACAUAAAGGGGCACUUUAAUCAGGAAAACCUCUCAGCUUCAUAGAACGGGUAAUAGUGCAGUGUGGGGAAAUUUUCAGACACUUAUCUGUACGUGGUCGGUCGUGCAUAGAAAAAAGUAAUACAUGGUGUAACUAAACCAUUCUAGUUGCAAAACUGUUGCCAUGAUCCCACAGGAAUCUAGGAUGUGCUGUGUCACAGGUAAGCUCUCGCCUGUAAUACAUGGAUAAUUUAGUACUAUAAUCCUGCAUAGUUCUUUUUGUACUGUUGGGAUCCUUUCAUGAGCUUGUGAAGCUUCAAGUUUGGCUUCAUGAUUCUUGCUUUGAUUUAUUGUAAGAGGAUAUCCAACACGAUACCCUUGGAAUGCUCUGUCCCCAGUGUGUCUUUCGGUCACCAGUUACCUCCUUAUAGUGUGUGCUGUAGGUAGAUGCCGAUACUAGGUAUCUGUAGACAAUUGCUAUAUCAGGUAUACUCAAUCCUUUGUCCAGUGCAAUAUGUUGCAUAUGAUGAAAAACAAAAUCACCUUCUGAAAUGCGUCUUUUUUGGAUAUUGCUCUCUAGAAGGAUGGAUGAUUAGAAAAGGGAACAAAACUGGCCCCUGUGCAGCUGUCAUUAAUCAGGUUUUUUGUGGCUAGUAAUGUGAAAUACAAAGAAAUUCAUUUAAGUGUGGGGCUAUCAUAGAGGGAGGGGGAAAAUGAGUUUUUUGACAGUUUCACCCAUAGCGACUGGAGCACACUAGGGUCCUUGCUUGUUGUAGCCUGGUUGUAGAGCUUUGUCCAGGUUACCAGGUGUUCUGAUGGGAGUUGUAUGGUCCAAGUACAGUAAGUGACAUUACAUAUUAUGCAUAUGCAGUUUGGUAUAACAUGGAAUCAUUGCUCUAAGGACACACUAUAAUUUCUGUAUGCUUCACACUAUACUUCUAGAUGCUUUUUUUUCCCUGUGAAUUUUCCUCGGUAUAUGAGAGAAAUGUGUAUUGGGUCAUCAAUUUGUGAUGAUAAAUUGACCGUCAGGUCAAUCUCAGAGCUGCUCUUAAACCAGAGAAUAAAAACUAGCCUCCCCAGCAGUGAUAAAUGAGCACACCUUGUAAUGAGAGUCUGUGCCUGUUAUGAAUAGGGAUCACCAGUGCAAACUGCAAAAAUCUCUGACACUAUCCCAUAAGGAAAAAGCGAUACCAGUACAGUGGGGCAGAGAUAGUAAAUAAUUCAAGAAUAAGCAGAGUUGUGCUAUGGAAACAGGAUUUCCCUGUAACCCAUUCUCCAACAAAGUACUUCAUCAUAGAGAGUAAGAGGCACCCCCCAACUGUCACAGAUGUCACAGUAUACUCGUGUGUUUAUAGAGCAAUAAGAAUAUAUACCAUUGUGCAUUUGUUACAGCCCUGAUUCUUUAAAAGAUACUUUUUAGAUCUUUUCAGUUCACAAAGUUUUGUGUGCUUGAUAUUGUUGUUUAUGAAGUGACCUUUAACACAUCUGCGUUAAUUUAAGCAUGCACAGCAAUUUGAAAAGCAUUUGAGUAAGACUGCCAAGCUCUACUGUGACUCAUGAGUGAAGUGAUUUCCCAUUGUCUUCUGCCUGCAGCUUUAUAUUCUAAGGAUCGCCCUUAUUUGUGGGAUAAAGAGUUUCUAAUAGGAAUCCAAUGAUAUAAAUAUUCAUCACUAGGGUUUUUUGUGGUGGUGGUGGUCUUUUUUUAUAUGAAGGUGGGCAACUUCAGCUCUCCUUGAGGGAAAAAAAUCAUGUGCUCUCAGUAUUCAUUCCCUCCCCAUUUGAGCCCUAAGAUCCAGCCUUUUUUUUCAGUGGGGAAUUUCCCGGGCCUUCUUGCUUGUGUCAGUCCGGAUGGUAGCCAUCCUGAACUGACGCUUCUGAUGUAUCAUUUUUCUGAAAGAGCAGACAUCCUUUAGAACACUAGGGACACCAAGGAGAACAAGGCCAGAGGAGGAGCCGUAUCAUUUUUACCCCAGUCAGUGGCUUGUUGACUAUUUGACAACAGGCUGUUUCCCUUUGUAUUUCUCCAAAGACAGAAAAGGCUAUUUAAUCAACAUUUUUUUCUGUGUGUGUGAAACAACUGAAUAAAAAAAAAAAAAAAAAAAACACCAAAAUGAUACUUUAGAUACACUUCUAGUGUUUUACUCCCUAGUGGUUUUUUUUUUUUUUUGAAUUUGGAUAUUUGUUAGGAUGUGGUUUCGUCGGGGUUCGGGGCUUCAGAGAUUACUGUUAUUUUUGUACUGUUCUUCUUCCCUGGUGUGUUCAAGGAAAAAAACGUACUGCCAGAUGACACUAGUACUGUGCCUUCUUUCACUGCCUCCUGCUCAGCAGCUCUAACUCCUCAGUAAAGCUUCUUCAGGUCAAGGAAGAAGAUCUUGGCAGCUGUCUUGGCUGUACCAAAAGAUGAACAGCGUAGAUGAACUCAUCCUGCUGUGGAGGGCAGUGCAAACAGGUGCCCAUUAGAGCUAGUGACUAGGUUAAUUAGUGACACCCUUAACUUCUACCACGUAAUUUCAAAAUUGGAUCCAACCUAUGCUUAAAGUUUUGGCACCAACUCUGAAGGGUAGCAAAGCCUGUUCUGGUUAGAUUAUUCUUUACCGAAGCUUUUACUACUCAAAUGCAUUUUUUUUUUUCCUUAGCUGCUACAGAAUUAUACUCUUGGAAAAAGUAACUAACUACUACUGUAAAGGUUUACAGGUACCCACUUAACUGUAAAUUGGAUUUUUUUUAAUUUCUGGGGCUUUUUAAGAUGAUAAGACUGCUGACUUCAGAAAAGUUAUAGGAAACAAUUUUCAUCAGAACGCCUCACAGAAAUGUAGACAUGCUAACGUUUCACAGUCCUCUGACAUCAAGGUGCUCCUGCCCACUGACGGCAUAUCCUGCUAAGGAAGGGCUGUGAACUCUCUUGGAAGUCCCCUCUCUAUGUAAGUUUACUUUCCACUGAAAGCAGUCCUGAGUUUAUGAAGAAAGUUAAUCUAAACAAAAUUGGGGGAUCAUGAAGAAUAAUUCCAAUAGAGUAACAACUCUGAGGUCAAGGUUAUUAAUAGCUGUGCAUCCAAUUAGAGUUUCAUUAAGCUGCUAUUCUGGGAGAAUACAACUGCUAAUAAGUUCAUGUCAAGGAUGUAAGGCUACGAUUAGCCUGAAAAAAACUUCAGGUAAUGGUAGGAUUGGUUGGAUUUGACUAUCAUCAGGCCACCAACAGAACCCUUUGUCACCUUUUUUCCCUCAGCUAAAAGCAGUUUUAUGUUACAAACACAAGGUGAUUUUAAACAAGCAAACUAACCUUUUCCUCGUUUUAUAUAUUACCAAAUUUUUUAUACAGUUUUCACAUAGUUAUAACUUAUCUCACAGAUUUAAGUUCAGACCAAUUAAAACUGUAUGACCCUGUGUGACUGAUUAUAGGUGUAAUGACUUGCUUUCAAUAACACAGGCUUCAUAAUUUGGAUUUAUACACUUGAUAAGAGGACAUCUCUUUCUAAAAAAAUCACUUUAGGUUGCAAGUACCUUUUGCCACUUGGAAUUUUGUUUUAUACACUUUACGUCAUUGCAUAAAGCAAGUUAUUCCUAACCCUAUAGGAAUAUGUGACCACUCACAAAGUUGAGAUUUGAUCCAUGGAGAGAUGCAAGUAGUGCAGAAUUAAGUAUCCCAAUAUCUUUUAAGAUUUAUUUUCAUUUAAAAAUUGAAGAUCAUUGUUAACCCCUUUACCAGACUCCCUCAAACUAAACAAGUGCUCGGUUCUUAAUUGUGCCCUUGGAAGAUCUAUAUGUAAAAGAAAUCUGAAAUUUAGCUGUAGUAUAAACUUGCUAAGUAAAAAUAAGCUAAACACAAUAUACUUGAUAAACACUCGAAGGAAAUAAUCUCCAGUUGGUUUGCUCUUUGCUUGUUGAAGUAAUAAACCAUUUAGAAGAGGAAACAUCUGCUGUAAACCCCCAGUGCCUUGAACUCUUUUGGAGGAUUAGCAUUAAAAAAAAAAAAAAAAAAUCCAACACGCAAACUUUGAGGUGCUAA